AGUCGCGAGCCGGCGUGGUGGAAGGAGUCGGAAUGGCGGCACGUGGUGGUCGUCUCUGCCGGCCGUGCGCCGAUUGACCGCGGGCUCGGUGGCCUACACCGACCACCACCACCCUCCCUACCCACACCCAGGUCGUGUCGUGUCCGUGUUGGUCCAGCCGUCGUAUCAAGCAGCAGCCAUGGGUCCCGCGAUCGCCGUGCUGCUGGUGCUGCUGGGAUGUUGCAGCAACGUGUACUCGCUGGAAAUGCUGGCCAGAAAAUACCCAGGAUGCGGCAACAUCGUCACGUUUUCCCAGUUCCUCUUCAUCGCUUUGGAGGGCUUCAUUUUCGAGAUGAAGUUUGGGAAGAAAAAGCCGGUGAUUCCCAUCAGGCACUACACCGUCAUGGUGAUAAUGUUCUUUGCCGUGAGCGUGAUCAACAACUACGCCCUCAACUUCAACAUCGCCAUGCCGCUGCACAUGAUCUUCCGAUCGGGGUCACUCAUCGCCAACAUGGUUCUCGGAAUCAUUAUUCUCAAGAAAAGGUACACGCUGCCAAAGUACCUCUCCAUCGUGCUGGUCUCGCUUGGAAUUUUCAUCUGCACGUUCAUGUCGGCGAAGCAAGUGGCAUCGGACUACAAUGCUGCUAAGGACGACGGUGAUUAUGCCAUCAUCACCUGGCUGAUUGGAAUCGGCAUGUUGACGUUUGCACUCUUCAUGUCCGCGAGGAUGGGCAUUUUUCAGGAAGAAUUGUACGCUCGCUUCGGCAAGCACCCACGCGAGGCCCUGUUCUACAAUCACGCUUUGCCCCUGCCAGGUUUCUUGUUGCUGGCCAAAGACAUUUACAACCAAGGGGUGCUCUUCAGCCAAUCAGCGCCGGUGACGCUGCCUUGGCUGGACCUGGCCGUGCCGGAGAUGUGGCUGAUGCUGCUGCUCAACAUCAUCACCCAGUACGUGUGCAUCCGCGCGGUGUUCGUGCUCACCACGGAGUGCGCGUCGCUCACCGUCACGCUGGUGGUGACGCUCCGCAAGUUCAUCAGCCUCAUCCUGUCCAUCCUCAUCUUUAAGAACGCCUUCACGACAUGGCACUGGCUGGGCACCGGCGUCACCUUCCUGGGAACACUGCUCUACAUCUACACGUCGACCCCCGCCAAAGCACCAGUGUCGGAGAAGCAGAAGGUGCAGUAGAGGCCAUGGUAAGGCUCAUUGGUGGCAGCUCCCCCCGCCCCCCGGCCCCUCCCCCCGCCAUGGGGGGCAUUGAAAAGGAUGUCAGAGACCCGCACAUACUGAACAUCUGUGAAAAUGAGCUUCAUAGCUCAUCAGAUUUUUCCAAUCUAAAUCAAGAUUCUCAUUGUUUUUUUCCCCCCUACAAAUAUAUCUUCCGUUGUGGGAGGGGGCAUACAUUGUGACCAGUUUGUGUUGAAGGAAAGAUUACAAUCCAAAAACUGAAAUAGCUGUUGUAAAAUUGAUUUCCAUUAAGAAGUAGGAGAAAUGGCUCCACUCGUAAAAAAAAUCGUGUAAAUUUAGAAUCUUUGAUUUCCGUAACCCAAUUGUUUCCCUUUAACAAUCUGACUGGCUUGUAAGCUGUGAUAUCCCAUGUUGUUUUUACAGUUGCGUCCUGAUAAAGAGCUGUUUGGAAUUUUAUGCAAUUAGGCAUGCAUACACGAUUUAGAUUUAAGGUAUAUUCAGUGCAUUCGAAAUUAAUGUUUUCAACAAUAUAAAGGAUGUAAAUAUGUUUUACCGUGUUUCCGAGUAGAAUACGUGCUUUGGAAGGACAUGUAUUGUUUUUCAAAUCACUUUUAAUCAGAAAAAUGGCACUUUAAGUAAUUUAAAACCAUUAAUAAAACCAUUGCUGGAUGAAGGCCCCUCCCCCACGCCUCAUUGAUUAUACUUCAGCACGCUGGUCAGCGUGGGUUGAUCACUGGACACCAAGGACUGGCACUUGUGCAACCAUUCGAACAAAAAAAGUAAAUUUGAAUUAAAUUUAAAACCAAGUUAUGCUUAACUGGUCUGUGUUGCAGUCCAUCGUGAGUUUUAAGUCUUAAUUUAAAAAAGCAUUUAAUGUGCCAAUCGUGCACGCUCCAGUGAUGUUACUGUGGCUUCAUUCCUGUAUUUCUUCGUGCAUGUGACUCAUAAUUGUAAAUGUUUUUUUCCUCAUGAACGAAGCUUCAAACUCGUGUCAAAUAGCCAAAGGCACAGCAUAGGUCCCCAUUUACUAGAGUUAUUUGUUUUGUUUCUAUGGGUUGCAUCAUUAUUUAAGACAGAGAAAAAAAUACUUGAUAACUGCCUACUGCACAGAAAAAAGUUUAUUUUAGAUGAAUUAGUACAAUUAUACGCAUUAAAGAGUCCUUAUGCACAUAUCUUGUGUGCAGAAUAGGAAUGCAUCGUUGAAAUGUGUAAAUAUACUUUACUUCCCGAUAACUUUGAGUCUGUUACAAUCCUCACCAACUUGCUGGUAUUAACGGCCGUCGGGACCGUACAAUGAAACGACAGACAUGAACUUCGCACGGCCAGGUUCAGUCAAAGUGAAAUUCUGUGUUCUUGGGAGAUAUCAUUACCAUCACGAGCGGUAAGGUCAAGGGUCAUUGCCAUAUGAGGCAAAGUUCUCUCGUACACGCACAGGGUUGUGCACUUUCUGUUGCCUGCGUUUGCAGGUGUGCACUUGUGUUAUAGCGCAUGAGCCGAGGGCUUGGUCGGUACCACCUGAGGUGGAAAAUUCUGUUGGUAUCCACCAUGGGCAGAAAUCUUAGCGUGUAUAGAGUCUUUCGCAUACGCACUGCCUAGAUGUUUGCAUGUUCGGAAAAUGCGUUUUCACUUUUUCUUUCCCCCAAAAGAAUAUUUCCUGUCAAAUAUGUAUAUACAGUAAAACCUUGGAUUGCGCGAGUAACUUGAUCUGCGAGUGUUUUGCAAGACGAGCAAAAAUUAACUAAAUGUUAAUUUGAUAAACGAGCGAGGUCUUGCAAUACGAGUAGUACGUGUAUACGCUUUGUCUGCCGAGCGUCACGUGAUCACAACUGAUAUACGAGUGCUUUGGAUUACAAACACGUUUCUGGAACGAAUUAUGCUCGCAAUCCAAGGUUUUACUGUACCAGUCUUUUACCGUUUUUUCUUCAGAAAAGGCAACCACGGUGACCUUGCUAUCACACGUGUUUGUAAUGCAGAGAUAAAAUACUAAAACAACACAGUGGUUAGCAUUCGCCAUCCUGGGUGGUACCGCUAAGCCAUUUGUUGGCCAAUGGCUCAAGGGCUGUUAGGUUUGUGUGUGAAAGUGUGAUGCUGUAAUAGGGGUGAUUGAAAAGUAUGGCCUGACUUGGGAGUGGUUGAACGACAAAGGAUGAACGUUUAGUUAGAAAUACAGAAUUUUAAAGGAUUAACAAUAUUCAUUAAAACUGAUUUUCACUCCCAUUUGCCAAGGUAUUUUGAUUAUGUUUUAACUGAAAACUUAAUUACAAAAAAAUCCAGAAUAAUGUGUCCGUCCAGGUAAUUAUUGUAAGGCUGCAUCUCAUUAUUAUCACCAAUUGUCAAGUCAUGAUGUACUUUUAUACCUAUGUGCACAUACUAUUGCUUGAACUGGAAUGCAGUGUUUGUAUGCUGCAAUGUUUGGUCAAGAGGUCGUCAUUUUGCACUGAAUCCUGCAGUGCUUGCCAGAAUUGUCCAGCGAUUUACAUCCGAUCGAUUCCCAAACUCUGCCCGCAAUGGCCUAAUAAUGGUCGCUGGCUAUGUAUAACUGUAUGUGGCGUAAAGCGCACGUCUAAUAAAGUUCACGCGUAAGUGUUCUUCCUCUCAAA